GAACUAUCUAAUUUUCGAAACUGAAAGUAGAUUAGAAAGGAUGUUUUUGUAAAUUUCUGACCAUUUACAAUAUUCUGGUAACAGAUUGAAAUUUCUAUUGCAAUGGACAUUGUUUGACAGAGGAUGCCUAUAUCAUCAUAAUCCUGAGGAAUGAACGUAAUGCAUAAUGUGUCUCGCGUGGUUCAUGACAGAGUUUCUCCAAACCAAUUGAAAACGUUAAGUGUGAACUGUGAUGGACCCAUAAAUGCCCUGGACACAAGCAAGGACAAUUCCCAAGUGGUGGUGGCAGGGAGAAGUGUAUUCAAAAUAUACAGUAUUGAAGAGGACAAGUUUGAAGAAAAGUUAAACCUCAGGGUUGGGAAAAAUCUCAAUUUGAAUUUCAGCUCCACAGAUGUUGCUUGGAAUCAUAUAGAAGAUCAUUAUUUGGCGUCCGCAGCCACCAACGGUGCUGUGGUUGUGUGGGAUUUAAAUAGACAUUCUCACUCAAAGCAAGAUUUUGUGUUUUCUGGUCAGCACAAAAGAACUGUUAACCGAGUUCGUUUUCAUGAAAAUGAUGCACAUCUUUUGCUCAGUGGCUCACAGGAUGGAACCAUGCAUAUAUUUGAUCUACGUAAAAAAGAGUCGAGCACCGUGUUCAAAACAGGAAACAGUAUCAGAGAUGUGCAAUGGUGUCCUCCACGCUUCAAUGACUUCUUCUUUGCUGCAGCUGAUGAGAGUGGCAAUGUUCAUAUGUGGGAUAUGCGGCGACCAGAUCGCUAUGAGAAACAGAUAACUGCGGCUCAUAAUGGACCUGUCUUCACAGUUGACUGGCAUCCAGAGGAAAGAAAUCUGUUUGCCACUGGUGGACGAGAUAAAACUAUUAAAAUUUGGGACUUUCCUAAAAAUCAGGUCGUACAUCAGAUUCAUACUCUAGCAUCUGUUGCUAGGAUACGGUGGCGUCCUCAGCGACGGCACUUUAUUGCCAGCUGUUCCUUUGUGGUGGAUUUCUCAGUCAGUGUGUGGGACAUUAACAGACCCUAUGUACCUUUUGCUUCCUUCGACAAACACACUGAUGUAGCCACAGGUAUUAUAUGGAGAAAAGAUGACCCCCAUGUUUUGUAUAGUUCUAGUCGAGAUUGUUACCUAUAUCAACAUGUUUUUAAAGACGCAAAAAGACCUGCAGAUGAGCUGGUUCCUGCAGGCUUAGACAUGAGUAUCCAUGGAGAUAUAUCAUAUGCUACUCUAGAUAAACCUGAUUUAACUGUUAAAACAGGGCGAUUCUUCACCACACCAAAGAAGGAUGUGUCUAAAACUGACGAGUUUCUUACCUACAAAAACAGCUUAAUGUUUGUGAUAUCUAAUACUAAUAAGUGUUUAUCAAUGGACUAUUUUGUGGACUGUGCCAGGAACUAUCAGCUCAGUGGGGCACCAUUACAGGAGAUGUGUGAACAUAAUGCAGAGCUUGCGGAGAGAUAUAACAAUGAUCAGGUUGCUCAAAGUUGGAGGAUUUUAAAAGUGAUGUUCACAUCAUCAGAGCCAACACAGAGAGUUUUAAAUGCAACAAGAAAAGAAACCCAACAAGAAAUAUUAUCAGAAGCUGCCACUCCCACAAACCAGAUUGGUAAUGGUGAUGCAGAUAAUUCAUCCAACACCGACUCAGAGGAAGAGGAAGUUGUGAACAAGGAAGAUUUGACAAACAUUGCCCGAGGUCAGAUUCCGGAGGAAUGGGGGAUACUGUUUGCUGAUGGGGACCAAGACAUUCCGUACAACAACAUUGAUGGGCUGCAGGAAUUUUCCCUGCAGCCAGAAGCAUUCCAGCCCAGGCAUGAAAUUAAAGACCUUGGCACCCCAUUAGAUUCCAUACAGAAUGGCCACGACUCGCCGACGAUUAGUGCUAAUGAGAGCGAGAACAACCUCCUCAGUUUUCCGACCUACAGUAAUGGUAAAGAGGAGGAUGAGGUUUUGGGACUUUUCCGAAACACCGUGGAACUCCCAGAAUUCACCUUCCCCCACUUUGUGUCCAAGAUGUUGUACCACUAUGCAGAGCAGGGAGAUGUACAGACAGCAGUGUGCAUUCUGAGUGUACUCGGACCAAAACACAGACCUCAGAUAGAACCUGAAGUGCAGGAAAACUGGUUUUUAUCUUACUUAGAUCUGCUGGCCAGAUUUCAGUUAUGGACAACAUCCAAUAAGAUUAUAAAACUUUGCCAUCUUCCAUUGGUCAGUUCCCUGAACCAACAAUCUACACGCAUCCAUGUGAACUGUCAUCGCUGUAACAGGCCUCUACAAAGGGUGGGGUGGUUGUGUGAUCGCUGUAAACGAGUCAUCAACAACUGCUCUGUAUGUCAUUUACCUGUGAAAGGAUUGUUCAUCUGGUGUCAAGGUUGUUCCCAUGGCGGUCACCUUGGACACAUCAAGGAGUGGUUUGGUGAAAAUAAACAGUGUCCUACAGGCUGCGGUCAUCUAUGCGAGUUCACGUGACCCGACUCUACAGGGUGUGCUCUUACAGGGUGUGAUAAAAACUUAUAUGCAAGUUUCAGUGACCCAAGGACAAGAUGAGGUUUCUUGUGCCUGUUCACAUAAUUCAAAACUAAAAGGAUAUAGGCAUGUGUUUCUUCAGUUACUAAUAACUUGCCAUUCAAUUAGAUUUUACAUUAUGUGUAUUUCCACCACCAAAUUGAUUUUGGCUAUGUUACAAAAUCUUCAAGUAUGUUAACUUACUUUGUUUGUAUUGUUGUAAUUGUGGCUGAUUUAUAUUGAAGUUGUAUAAAAGCAAUUUAACGUUCAUCAGCAGAAGGAUGGAAUUUUAUAUGCCAUAAAGCAAAAACAAUCGUAGAACUAAAAGAGUAACUCUUUGAUUGUAUCCAACAGACAGAACAAUUACCUUCAGUAAAGUUUAGUGCACGCCAGCCUCGGUGUGAAAGUGGUUUGUUGCCAGGGAGAGUUUUAGAUUAUCAUUUCUUCAGGGAGUUGUUUGCUUUUAUUUGAUAACUUAUGCCUUGUAUUCUCUGUAACACAACAUUUUGUUUUAUCAUUUCUACUUAACCAAUUGUAUGUGGUAGGCUGUCUCAACACUAUGUCGAAUAUCGAAUUCAGAUGUUUUGCCAUCACUCUCUAACACGAUUAAAAAAAUGCAAACAAUUAGAA